AGCGACCCUUUUUAAAAGGUUAAACCCGGCCUCGUCUUUCCACUUUUGGGCUACCGGUUAGCAGAGUUCAUCUCCAAUGGCUUCCAGGUUACCCCUUCUCAGAAGAAUCUCUAAACUUCUCAGACCUCCGCCUUCCUCACCUGUCCGCACCUCUCGUGCUCUUCUUCUUAAGGUCUUCGGACCUAACCACUCUCCUUGGUCCUUCGCUUCAUCUCGAAGCUCCUGCUCCGACCCUCUUAAUCUCCCCCAUGAUUCUCAGGGACCCGCCGCCAUUGAUUACCGUUCGGUUCUGCAGGAGGAUGAAUUUCAUAGAAUAGCUAAUUCGACGAUCCAUGACCUCCAGGAAAAAUUGGAGGAAUAUGGUGAUAUUGUUCAAAUUGAUGGUUUCGAUGUAGACUACGGGAAUGAGGUAUUGACACUAAAACUUGGGGCUUUGGGCACCUAUGUGUUGAAUAAACAGACCCCUAAUCGACAAAUUUGGUUAUCGUCACCAGUAAGUGGUCCAUCCAGAUUUGAUUGGGAUUUUAAUGCUCAAGCGUGGGUUUAUCGACGAACUAAAGCAAAUUUAUUGAAACUCUUGGAAAGCGAGUUGGAGAAAUUGUGUGGUGAACCAGUCAAUAUUUCGUAAACUGUUGUGGAUCCUAUGAUUCUCACAUAAUUUUGAUCUUGGAUCCUGGAUCUUGGAAGGUUAUUUCACCACUUAAGUAGGUUGCUUUGAGGUUCUUCAACAAAAUUAUGUUUCUAGAUUGUUAAAUCCCCCUUUUGGAUGUAAUUUUACAAUGUGCGGUGUAGAAUUGGUUCCAGAUAAAUUCUGGUUGAACAGCCUGUUUAGGGCCAUGAGUCACUUUACCUCAGCUUCCCCGCUUGUGUUGUGGAAACAUCUGCGGUUGCGGCAGCUUGAUGAUUGGUAUAGAGACCAUAAUUUUUGUUUUAGCUGCUGCUGUGUUUAUAAAUGGCCUGAAGAAAAUAACAAAUAAUAGGUGCAAAAUAAACGCCAUUGUCAUGGUGGUUGGAUCCUGAUUUA